AUAACAGUUUUUUCGAAACCUACAAUGACUUAUAUGAUCUCGAAGAUGAUUACUGUGAAAUGCUUGAAGAUAAUGUCUUGGAUUAUAAUACUCAAGAAACUAAUAUUAGUUCAAUUAGCUCACCAUCCCAAA